AUGCCCCUUUUUUUUUUUUUUAAUUUAAUUUUCUGGCCGGCUCCAAUUCAAACCGAGGGUUUAUACAUCAGAUCCUGUAUUGGUUUGGCAGACACAGGAACUCGGCUAAAAGGGAACGACAGCAUCUCCCCGGUCGCUGUCAUUGUGGAAGGGAGUGGAUAUAUAGCAUGUCACAGCAGAACAAAACAGCCCAGUCAUUAUCGCCAGUGGCCAACUUCUGCCUCACCUCCCGUCCCCUUUUCCAAAAGCGUUGCUCUUGACUUUGGCUUUGGUUCUCUCUUCCCUGCUGGGCAAUCCUCCCGGGUCCCAGCCUUGCGCUGA